AUGAUCAGCUCAACAGAGCAGUCUUCAUUGGACAUAAUGUUCUCUGAUGGAUUUGAAAGUGGGACAGCUGUGGCUUGUGUGAUCCUGGGCCUGUCUUUCCUGGUAGGAGCUCCAGGGAACCUGCUGGUGAUCUGGACUAUCCUGAGAUACAUCAAGCAGCGUUCCCACACCGUGGUGCUUAUCCUGCACCUGGCUGUUGCUGACCUGCUGGUUCUCAUCACCCUCCCUCUGUGGAUCUACUCCCUGGUACAAUCUUGGGUGUUUGGAGAGGUUCUCUGCAAGGCAAUUGUUUAUGUUGUUCAUGUAUGCAUGUUCAGCAGCAUCUUCUUUAUCACCCUGAUGAGUGUGGAGCGCUAUUUAGCCAUCUGUCAUCCAUUUGCUAUGAUGCGCUGGAAGAUCAAGAGUGUGACAAAUGGAUGUAUUUUACUUUUGUGGAUUCUCGCUAUGUUUCUAGGAGGGACCUCUUUACUGACCAGCCCUGGAAAUGAUGGAGCGGAGCCGUGUUUCCUCAAAGAAUUCAGCUCUGACACUCAAGUAAUCGUCUUGUUUUGUCUGCAGACCAUCGUAGGCUUUGUAGUGCCUUUUAUCAUUCUGAGCAUCAGUUACUGUCUAGUAGCUGCCCAGCUCAGGAAAAUGAGCUUCAACUCCAGACAGAAAUCCAUGCGCCUUGUGCACUCUGUGGUGAUAGCUUUUAUUCUGUGCUGGUUGCCUUACCAUGUCAUCAAUAUCAUUGAUCUGUCCUGCAUCUUUAGGUCAGACACAGAGCCUGGCUGUGUGCCAGAGGGACUGGUUUUUAGCUCAGGAGCCCUCGUUUUCAUCAGCAGCUCAGUAAAUCCUGUGUUAUACGCCUUCUUCGCAAAGAACUUACAAGGAGGUCUUGAGGAGUCCCGACUGGUCCGCCUGUUCCAGGAAAUGGUCACUCACACCACUAGACUCAGGGAGUUGGUAGUACAACAUCAGAGUAGCCAGAGGGCAGUAGAUACCCAGAUAGAGCUGAUGUCUAACUCUGUGUGA